AUGGCAUACGAAAAAGAAAAGUCUGAUAAAAUAAAUAUAAAAACAUAUAAAAAAGAUGAAAUUGUUAUAUAUGAAGAAGAUGACGUAUUUUCUAAUUCUACAUUAUCUGACGUUGAUAAUUCAUAUAUCUUUUGGAAAAAUGGUAUAGAAGAACGGGAUAUAUUUGAAUUAUGUAAUCAAUUCGAAUGUUCGGAAGAUGAAUGUGAAAAAAAUGAUAUAAAGGAAAAUUUGAAUGCAUCUAAAUCAUAUUCUAAUAUUGAAAUAAAUACAAUGCCAGUGGAAAUUAAUAAUAAAUUUGAAAGUAAUUUGUUAACUGAAAUUGAAAAGUAA